UUGAAUAGUAAGGGUAGUAUUAAUAAGUCGUAUAUUAUUCGAUUACUCUUUAUUCGUUUAGAGGAAUUAGCACCUAAUAACCGCCAGCUUCCUAUUGUUAUACGAAUUGCUCCUACUAGUAUGGCGGCUAAUAAUAUUAAUAGCUCUACGCUAUAUUCGCUACUUCGGCUACUUAUUUCAAAAACUAGUAUUAUACUACCAAAUCUGAGCCCUAACGACCUAGCGUCUUUAUAG